AUGACCGCUCCCUGGCGGCGCCUCCGGAGUCUGGUUUGGGAAUACUGGGCCGGGCUCCUCGUGUGCGCCUUCUGGAUCCCGGACUCGCGCGGGAUGCCCCACGUCAUCCGGAUCGGAGGAAUCUUUGAGUAUGCAGACGGCCCCAACGCCCAGAUCAUGAACGCCGAGGAGCAUGCCUUUCGAUUUUCUGCCAACAUCAUCAACAGGAACAGGACACUGCUGCCCAACACAACCUUGACCUACGACAUCCAGAGGAUUCACUUCCACGACAGCUUCGAGGCCACCAAGAAGGCCUGUGACCAGCUGGCACUGGGGGUGGUGGCGAUCUUUGGGCCAUCCCAGGGCUCCUGCACCAAUGCCGUGCAAUCCAUCUGCAACGCACUGGAGGUGCCCCACAUCCAGCUGCGCUGGAAGCACCACCCACCGGACAACAAAGACACCUUCUAUGUGAACCUGUACCCGGACUACGCCUCUCUCAGCCAUGCCAUCCUCGACCUGGUCCAGUACCUCAAGUGGCGGUCGGCCACCAUGGUCUAUGACGACAGCACAGGGCUCAUCCGACUGCAGGAGCUCAUCAUGGCCCCAUCAAGGUAUAACAUCCGCCUGAAGAUCCGCCAGCUCCCCCUUGACUCUGAUGACUCGCGCCCGCUGCUCAAGGAGAUGAAGCGAGGCCGGGAAUUUCGCAUUAUCUUCGACUGCAGCCACACCAUGGCCGCCCAGAUCCUCAAGCAGGCCAUGGCCAUGGGCAUGAUGACCGAGUACUACCACUUCAUCUUCACCACCCUGGAUCUUUAUGCGUUAGACCUGGAGCCCUACCGCUACUCAGGGGUGAACCUGACGGGAUUCCGGAUCCUCAACGUGGACAACCCCCAUGUCUCGGCCAUCGUGGAGAAGUGGUCCAUGGAGCGGCUGCAGGCGGCUCCCCGGGCAGAGUCCGGCCUGUUGGAUGGAGUGAUGAUGACUGACGCGGCCUUACUGUACGACGCCGUCCACAUCGUGUCCGUGUGCUACCAGCGGGCACCCCAGAUGACCGUGAACUCCCUGCAGUGCCAUCGGCACAAGGCGUGGCGCUUUGGCGGCCGCUUCAUGAACUUCAUCAAGGAGGCUCAAUGGGAAGGAUUAACGGGAAGGAUUGUUUUCAACAAAACCAGUGGCUUACGGACGGAUUUCGAUCUGGACAUCAUCAGCCUGAAGGAAGAUGGCCUAGAGAAGGUUGGGGUGUGGAGUCCUGCCGAGGGGCUCAACAUCACAGAGGUUGCCAAAGGCCGAGGCCCUAAUGUCACCGACUCUCUGACAAACAGGUCCCUCAUCGUCACCACUGUGCUGGAGGAGCCCUUUGUCAUGUUCCGGAAGUCCGACAGGACCCUGUUCGGGAAUGACCGGUUUGAGGGCUACUGCAUCGACCUGCUCAAGGAACUGGCCCACAUCCUGGGCUUCUCCUACGAGAUCCGGCUGGUGGAGGAUGGGAAAUAUGGGGCACAGGACGACAAGGGCCAGUGGAAUGGCAUGAUCAAGGAGCUCAUUGACCACAAGGCAGAUCUGGCUGUGGCCCCCCUGACCAUCACCCACGUGCGUGAGAAGGCCAUCGACUUCUCCAAGCCCUUCAUGACCCUCGGUGUGAGCAUCCUGUAUCGCAAGCCCAAUGGCACCAACCCCAGUGUCUUCUCCUUCCUCAACCCCCUGUCCCCAGACAUCUGGAUGUACGUGCUCCUCGCCUACCUGGGUGUCAGCUGUGUCCUCUUUGUCAUCGCCAGGUUCAGCCCUUAUGAGUGGUAUGAUGCUCACCCCUGCAACCCUGGCUCCGAGGUGGUAGAAAAUAACUUCACUCUGCUCAACAGCUUCUGGUUUGGAAUGGGGUCCUUGAUGCAGCAAGGGUCUGAACUGAUGCCCAAAGCCCUGUCCACGCGCAUCAUUGGUGGCAUCUGGUGGUUCUUCACACUGAUCAUCAUCUCCUCCUAUACGGCCAACCUGGCUGCCUUUCUGACCGUGGAGCGCAUGGAAUCGCCCAUCGACUCUGCCGAUGACCUGGCCAAGCAAACCAAAAUCGAGUAUGGGGCUGUCAAGGACGGGGCCACCAUGACCUUCUUCAAGAAAUCCAAGAUCUCCACUUUCGAGAAGAUGUGGGCCUUCAUGAGCAGCAAGCCCUCGGCACUGGUGAAGAACAAUGAGGAGGGCAUCCAGCGGACGCUGACGGCCGACUAUGCGCUGCUCAUGGAGUCCACCACCAUCGAGUACGUCACCCAGAGGAACUGCAACCUCACCCAGAUCGGGGGCCUCAUCGACUCCAAGGGCUACGGCAUUGGCACGCCCAUGGGCUCCCCAUACCGGGACAAGAUCACCAUUGCCAUCCUGCAGCUGCAGGAGGAGGACAAGCUGCACAUCAUGAAGGAGAAGUGGUGGCGGGGCAGCGGGUGUCCCGAAGAGGAAAACAAAGAGGCCAGCGCCCUGGGCAUCCAGAAGAUUGGGGGCAUCUUCAUCGUCCUGGCCGCCGGGCUGGUCCUGUCUGUGCUGGUGGCUGUGGGCGAGUUUGUAUACAAACUCCGCAAGACAGCAGAGCGAGAGCAGCGUUCCUUCUGCAGUACCAUGGCCGACGAGAUCCGCUUCUCCCUUACCUGCCAGCGUCGGGUCAAGCACAAGCCACAGCCUCCCAUGAUGGUCAAGACUGACGCCGUCAUCAACAUGCACACGUUCAAUGAUCGCCGGCUUCCGGGCAAGGACAGCAUGACCUGCAGCACAUCGUUGGCCCCCGUGUUCCCCUAG